ACAUGUGACACACGAUCACCAGAAUGCGGAAAGAGUCCCGAGGAUCUUGUUAGGGGGUUUACGGUUUUAUCAACAAAGCGUAUAAGCGGCAAUUAAACAGUUUCAUUUUCUAAUAUUUGGGCGUUUGUGUUGUCAAGAAAGAAACGGACAAUUGAAAACACAAAUCCUGCUGCUAAAAUAAAAGUAUAAUGUCAUCGGAAGAGUUUGAAAAGCUGCAGGAGAUCUUCAAAUCCCUUUAUGACGAACUGAAGUUGAUGCCUGACAGAUUACUGAAAUGUCAAGGAGAGGAGAAGAAGAGGUUGGUGCGAACUUUUGACGAAAGACACGGAGAGGCAGUGGAAGUGUACAGCCUCAGAGGAAGGGCCACUCCAAGGAGCCAGGUCCUCCCAGGGCUUCUCCACCCGACCAAUAGGGAGUUUUUGCCACUGGCCACCGUCCCAAACACGGUCCAAGGAGUAGAGGCUGGGCCAAGGGACCCCAUGAAGUACCAAUUUACCCCGUUUUCCGUCACCGGAUCAGAGCGUUAUAUAUAUAUAUAUAUUACUCAUUCAUUCAUACAUACACGCAUUAGGUUGCAAAGGCUGGAGCCGAGGGCAGCUAUAAUGUCAUUUUUAGAAGGGUAUGAAAUGUUUCUCCUGGUAAAUAUCCAGCUGCAGGGGAUGGAGCAGGAGUUGAUCGGUGUUCCCUCGUCCUACCGGAAUGCCAUGUCCACCAGGCUGCGUCUGUUCCGCAGAGACCUGGGGAAGCUCCAGAGAGAGGUGAAGAGCUCUGACCAGUCCUCCUCCUCCUCUACCCGACCAGCAGAGGGCGCCUACGGCAUCUACUCCUCUCAGAACGAACACAGCACCCAGCUUCAGUCUCAGAGGGCCUUGCUGAUCCAGGGACACGAGCACCUGAACAACGCCAGUCAGAGUAUAGAGAGGAGUCAGCGCAUCGCCGCAGAGACAGACCAGAUCGGCGUGGACAUCAUUGAGGAGCUGGGAGAGCAGAGAGAACAGCUGGACCGCACCAGAGACAGACUGGUCAACACUGGGGAGAACCUCAGCCGGAGCAGGAAGAUCCUACGGGCCAUGUCUCGACGACUGAUGACCAACAAGCUGUUGUUAUCCGUCAUCAUUCUGAUGGAGCUGGUCAUACUGGGUGCAGUCGUCUACCUCAAGUUCUUCCGCAAGUAGUAGGUCUGCUGACGCAUCAACAAGCAAUACAGGUCGCAGCCAGGGCUCAGCAAAGCUCUCCUCUCCCUGUCCUCUCUCCUCUCCCUGUCCUCUCCUCUCUCCUCUCCGCUCCCUGUCCUCUCUCCUCUCCGCUCCCUGUCCUCUCUCCUCUCCGCUCCCUGUCCUCUCUCCUCUCCCUGUCCUGUCCUCUCUCCUCUCCGCUCCCUGUCAUCUCUCCUCUCCGCUCCCUGUCAUCUCUCCUCUCCGCUCCCUGUCAUCUCUCCUCUCCGCUCCCUGUCCUCUCUCCUCUCCGCUCCCUGUCCUCUCUCCUCUCCGCUCCCUGUCCUCUCUCCUCUCCGCUCUCUGUCCUCUCUCCUCUCCCUGUCCUGUCCUCUCUCCUCUCCCUGUCCUGUCCUCUCCGCUCUCUGUCCUCUCUCCGCUCCCUGUCCGCUCCGUCCUCUCCGCUCCCUCUCCUCUCCUCUCCCUGUCCUCUCCUCUCCCUGUCCUCUCCUCUCCCUGUCCUCUCCUCUCCCUGUCCUCUCCUCUCCCUGUCCUCUCCUCUCCCUGUCCUCUCUCUGCUCCCUGUCCUCUCUCUGCUCCCUGUCCUCUCCUCUCCCUGUCCUCUCCUCUCCCUGUCCUCUCCUCUCCCUGUCCUCUCCUCUCCCUGUCCUCUCCUCUCCCUGUCCUCUCCUCUCCCUGUCCUCUCUCUGCUCCCUGUCCUCUCUCCGCUCUCUUUUCUGUCCUGUUCUCUCUCAUCCUGUCUCCCCUGUCCACAUAUACCUCACUAUGCUGUUCCUGAGCUAAACCACUAAACUCUUGUAAUAUAUCCCUGGGCCUGGGGGAGUGCUCAUGAGGACACAGCACGGUUUUCUUGACUGAAGAUGAGGAACAGUGUGAGAAAGAAUGAUCGUUUCUGUUCUUCAGGACGGGAGUGUAAACCCGAGCCGUGUUUCAAUCCAGGAUGUAUGGACCGAACCGAACCCAGGAACGUUAUAUUAAUACUGGACAUGGAUCUGAUACAGACUUAAUGUACAAUAAGUUGUCAUCUGAUCCAGGAGUGAACUCCUCUUGGUUCUGUUCACACUUUAUCAUGAAGAAGUUUCUGCAGUUGUUUAUUUACUGCUGUGUAGGAUGGAUUUUUGUGUGUGUGUUUUUUGUCUCAGGUCUGAGCGUUAAGGCCUCAAAUCAAUUCUACCCAUGCUCCUUUACUCUUAGUCUCGACAUAGAACUCUACUGCUGUAGGACCCUUCCGAGUGGCGCAGUGGUCUAAGGCUCUGCAUCGCAGUGCUAGCUGUGCCACUAGAGAUUCUGGGUUCGAGUCCAGGCUUUGUCGCAGCCGGCCUCGACCGGGAGACCCAUGGGACGGCGCACAAUUGGCCCAGUGUCGUCCGGGUUAAGGGAGGGUUUGGCCGGCAGGGAUGUCCUUGUCCCAUCGCGCACUAGCGACUCCUGUGGCGGGCCCGGGCGCAAUGCACGCUGACACGGUCACCGACACAUUGGUGCGAUUGGCUUCCGGGUUAAGUGUGGGCGUUGUGGCUGGGUCGUGUUUCCCAGGAUGCACGGCUCUCGACCUUAUCCACUCCCGAGUCCGUACGUGAGUUGCAGCGAUGAGACAAGACUGUAACUACCAUUUGGGGAGGAAAAAAGGAGGUAAAAUAUGUAUAAAUAAAUAUAUAUGAACACUACUACUAAUGCUGCUGUUAUGACAACACCUUGAGGGCUGAGCAGUUGAAAGAUUCAUCCCAUGCUAACUUUGUGAACUACUCAUAGUCUUUCAUUGAAAUGCAUGAAAUUAAAAAUAUGCAUUCUCCACUAAUGAAUUCCCUCUAUAGAAAUACCCAUUGACAUGUACUAACAAUAACAACAAGUAAUGAAUUGAUAUAAAUGUGGUUUCUAAAUGUA